AUGAAACCCAAUAACAUAUCAAGCUUAGCGAUUUCAAGUAACAGUGAAAAUGUAUCGAAAAGGAAGUUUGUCCCAAAUAUCUCCAAAGCUCUUAAUAAAAAUCGUCCAAGUGAGAAUGGCGGCAGAUUUGCAAGACCAGAGGCUGCAAGACCACGAACUGAAAUAAGAUCUACUAGAUCAUAUCAAAAUAAUGUCCAGCGUCCAAUGUGUCAAAGCUCUAGACCACAAUUUGUCCACAGUUAUUCAAUUUUCGAAACUGGAAUUGGGUGUGUUUCUAAGCCAGAUAAAAAUGCUGUCGAAUUAUGUGAAACGAAAGAAGCUGUGCUACCACAGACUGAAGCAACAGAAUUUCCUGAAACUGACUCCGCAGUGAAUCCUUUGAAUCAAUGUGAAGCAUUUGUAACUGAUAUUAAACAGUUAUUUAAAAAUCCACCAGUUAUCAUGCAUGAUUCCGCUGCUGGUGAAGAUUUCACUUUAGAUCCGUUUCAAGACUUGGAUUUAUCCGAUGGAUGGAGUUCUAGAUUCCCUUUCAACCUCUUCUCUGAAAGUAAUGGUCCAGGCAGAUUGUUCACCUUACAAUUACCGGAUAAAUUAUUACCACCGGAUGGUGAUCAGAUAAAAGAGGGUUUAUUUGGAAAGAUACAAUUGUUAGACAAUCAAGAAGUACGCUUGGUUGUUGGAGAUGCUCGUUUCAAUCUGUCUUGUCCUCGACCAUUAACUGUAGCAUCAGAUGUUGUAAUUGUCAAUCAAGAUAAUCCUGAAGUGGUUUGCCUAGAAUGUGUAGGACACUUAGAACAAACGAUAUUAGCUGUUCCUGAUUUGGAAAAUUAUGUACAGUUGGGAAAGUGA